AUGAGCACCGCAGUCGCAAUGGCCCCUUCACCGGCUCCUCACGACAGGCCUUCUUUUGGCAACGACAUCACCACAUCUCCCAGCGCCCAGAGGCCAACACAGUCGAUUCCUCCUCCUCCACCCAUGUCCGCAAACCCGAACGCGCCAGCGCCAGCGCCAGCACGCACUGGUAGCGGCAGCCCAAAGGGUGUAGGCGCCGCUCCCACCGCUCACAAGUCCUCUCCACCCAGCGCAUCUCGAAGCAGAGAAGGCCCCAAAAUCAUCGUCAAGAAGGAGCCUGGAUCGCCCGAUUUGCCCACAGCCCGUCACCGGCCGAGGAAGCUCGAUCUCUCCAAGAACACGACUAACAUUGUCUCACCCGCCACAGGACGGCCCCUGACUGCCAGAGACGGCCUGGGCAUCCAGGAAGUUGGUCUGGCCUGCCUGUCACCCGGCUUCGUAACCCAGGACCCAGUCAUGAAGGAGCAGCUGCAGCGCAGCAUGAGCGUCAGGGAACACCAGAGGCAGAUUAUCGAGCAGAGGUUACAGCAGCAGUCGGCCAAGGGCGACGGUCCCGCCGACAAGGACGGAGGCCAAUUUACCGCAAAGACACCUGGUUUUGCCCGCAAGCGUGGGCCUCCGCCAGGUCUGAGCAUCGUUGCGCCGUCGCACGAGCAGUUUGCGAACGAGCGCGUGAUCCAAUCCGCGCCACUGGGCCAGACCUUCACAGGGAGACACAACCCGCACCCGCUAACGCGACACAUCACCAACCAGCCCUCGAACCUGGCCAGGAACUCGCACAUUCACCACGUACCAGCCCAGCAAACGAACAAUCGCCUCCCGCCCAUCGCCGACGUUUUUGGACAGAACCUUUCCGGACACCCAGAAUCCAGCGGCCACGCGCUCUUUGCCAACCAGAACCGCGCCCCUCUUGCGUCGCCGCACCACCCGCCACCUCAGCAGCAGCAAGCGUCCACCCCAGGCCGGCCGAGGGAGUACAAGUCGGCCGAGGAAGCCCAGGUGGAACUGGCAGGCGGCAGACCGGAACUUUUACCCAAGUUAGUACACUACGCAGGCAACCAGCAGCAACCCCCCACACCACCGUCCCCGCACCAGUACCCGCAGCAGCAGCAGCAACAACACUCGCGAGACUCGAGAUAUGACGGGAUACCGCAGUAUGCUGACGCGAGUCGGAGCAUCAGCAGCAACAAUGUCGUCCCGAGCCACGCGCCGCCCGCCAAGAGAAGCCGGGCCGAGUACGAGGACGGCAGCCCGCCGCUGGGGGGGAACGGGAGCAGACCUGCGCCGCACGCGCCGGGGUCGAGCAGGAGGACGGGGCCGUUUGAGGGGGGGAGGGACUCGCCUGACACGCAGAGGGCGAAGAGGGAAGAGUUUUUGAAGCUGUGUGAGAGAGCUUGGGAUCUGUUUCACUCAUGA